AUGACUAUUCUCUUGAACAUAAGAAGACGUGCUGGACAGGGAAGGUCGUCAGUAAGAGGCGCGGUCAGAGAAAUCACUGAAAGAAUUCUCUCUGCUUGUCUACUAGUAAUGCUUUCCCAGGUAUACAGACCUUGCUUGGUUUCUGUGUUAUUGCUUGCCCUAGAUAUUGCAAGCCAUUGGCUGCAGGUGUACAGUACAUUCUUGCUAGGUAAAUCUAGCCAUAAAGAUAUGAAAGACAGCUCUAAUUGGCAUUUCAAGGCUUAUGGAAACCGGAUGUUCAUGGCUUACUGCUGUGCAGCUUGUGAGGUUCUCUAUAGAAUCUUAUUUCUCAUUGCAAAAUAAAAGAAUGAAAAUUUGAUGGAUGUUUUUAUAAAAUCUAUGGAAGAGUGCUCACUUGUCUCUUUUCUACUUGGCUUAAUUUUGUAUGGAUGGGCCAUUGAGCAAAUUGUAAAUAUCAUUCAGGUUAUUGACGACGUUUCAACGGAUCAACGGCGGAGUAAGUGA